ACAAGAGAUGUUCUGCCAGGAACAGAAACACAUGUAGGUCCCCAUUCGUGGGGAAUGAGGAAAUGAACAGAUAAGUCACCAGACCCGGUUAUUUUCCCCUUACACGUGAUGCUGCAAGAACCUGGGAGAAAUCCUGAGGAAAUUGCAAAUAGCAACUGUCACCCCACUUCAGGGUAGGUGUGAACAAAUCUCCUUGAAUAGUAACAGAAAACCUAUCUUUUCAGUGAAAUUCCCUGUUUACCACAACAAGCAGAUUUAUGACCGGGUAUAUAUUGCUCUGGGACUCCUGAGGGAUCAGUCAAGUGUUUCUCCAGGGACAAGACAAAAGGAACUAUUUGGCUGCCUGUUCUGAGACUCUGCUUCAAGGGGAGCAAGAGCCCUUCACUGAAAUCCUCCUGCAAUGCUGUGGCUGCUGCUGCUGCAGGUGCUGGCGAGCUGCCUCUGGCUGGGACACAGCGAGGUGGUGAAGUCCUUUGAAAGUUCAUGUCCUCAGUUUUUUUUCCGGGAGGUCCCCCCAAAUGAAGCCCUGGAGCCGCAGAAACCAGCCUGGAUCUGCCAGCGCUACAAGAACCAGUAUUACUUUGCCACCCUGUAUGACAGGAAGAUGCGUAUUCCUGUCUACUCUGCUUACAUCUACCAGCCUGGACCUGGCAAAAGACCUAAAACAUGGCUGGUUGAGCCCCAGCUGAUUGGCCUAAAUUAUCCUAAAACUAUGGAAAAAGAAUGGACACUCUUAAAUCAAUACAAUGUCAGCUUAGAGAAACUCAGCCAGAGCCAGGCUAUCCUUCAUGAUUACAAGAACCUGACGGGUUUGAACCGAGGCCAUUUGAACCCCAAUGGCCACCAUGAUGACUACAGCAGCAGGAUGGCCACCUUCACCCUCACCAACAUAGUGCCCCAGGAUGAGAAACUCAAUGGCGGUGCCUGGAACAACUACGAGCAGCAAACGAUGAUCAGGAGGACCCGGGACUGUAAAACCACCUAUGCCAUCGUGGGAGCUGUGCCUGGGAACAACUACAUUGCCAAGGGGAGGGUUAAUAAACCCAGCUACCUCUGGUCAGCUGCCUGCUGUGUGAUGGACAACAACUACAUAAAAGCUUGGGCGGUCAUCGCUGAGAACGACAAGAACCAGGUUCAGCUCCUCACACUGGGGGAGCUGGAGGACACUUUAACUGAGCUCUAUGGGAGGGGACAGGUUUCCCUGUUUGACAGUGACUGUCCCCGGGAAUAAGCUUCACAUCCUGGGUGGAACAGGCUUAGGAGCUUUUGCCACAUGUCAUAGAAUCACAGAAUGGUUUGGGUUGGAAGGAAUUUCAAAGACCAUUCAUGUAGACUCAGCUUUCAUGCCAUGGGCAGGGACACCUUUCACUAUCCUCAGUGGCUCCAAGCCCUGUCCAACCUGGCUUUGAAUACUUCCAGGGAUGGAGCGGCCACAACUUCUCUGGACAACCUGUGCCAGGGCCUCACCACUCUCACAGUAAAGGAUUUCUUUUUAAUAUCUAAUCUAACCUCAUCUGCUCUCAGUUUAAAGCCAUUCCCUCUUGUCCUGUCACUCCAUACCCUUGUCCAAACUCCCUCUCUCUUUUAAAACCCUUUAGACACUGGAAGGGGUCCAAGUUCUCCCAAGAGCUUUCUUUUCUCCAGGCUCUCUCACCCUCAGUUCUCUCACCCUCUCUCCAGGGCAGAUGUGCUCCAGCUCUUGGAGCAUCCUUGUGGACUCCUCUGGACCCCACUCCAACAGCUUUGUGUCCUUCUUCUGGUGUGGAUCCCAGAGCUGGAGGCAGCGCUGCAGGUGGGGUCUCACCAGAACAGAGUAGAGGGGAACAAAUGGAGUAAAGGGGAACAAGACAACCCAAGACACCCAAAGGCCUCUGAUUUAUUUCCAAGAAGGUCUGAGAUAACAGACUUCACAUGACAUCUAAUUUCCAUUAGGAAGUGAGAAACCUGUCUUCAGGUCAGGGAAAUUUAUCUGUAAAAGAGUACCAAUGGCCACGUACUUACAGAGUAGUUUAGGGACUAACAUAACAAUUUCUAUGCCAAGUGUAUAAUUUACUAAUAAAACCUUGUGAAAUUUUAUGUCUCUUCUUAUUUUUG